AUGGUUUCUGAUUUUGCUUCUUGGUGCAUUUCCUCUUCAGUUCUUCUUGCUUUGAUGUGCGCACAAGUCAGUUAUGCUCGCAUGCAACAUAUCGAAGAAGGUCCGAGCACAAAUUAUCAGCAGCAACCUUCCAGUACCAUGGAUGGCAGUACUCAUGAAUUAGCCCACAUGGACCAUAUGGACCCUUUAGUAAAUAUUUUCUUCAAGAUAGAUGACCUUAAGUUUGGCAAAACAAUGGCCAUCUACCUCCCCACUAAAGACCUUUCUGUCUCUCCUCAUCUACUAUCCAGUGAGGAAGCCAAAUCUAUUCCUUUCUCAUCGACACAACUCCCAAAGCUUCUUGAUUUCUUCUCAUUCUUUAGAGACUCUCGCCAAGCUAAAGCGAUGGAAUAUACACUAAAACAAUGUGAACUCGAACCCCCCAAAGGUGAGAUAAGGUUUUGUGCCACUUCCCUGGAAUCAAUGCUUGACUUUGCCCGUUCUGUCUUUGGCUCCGAUGCACAGCUUCAAGUUUUAACCACUACCUUUCUCAAAAAGCCAACUGUCUCUCUACAAAACUAUACCAUUUUGAGGGUUCCUAAACAAGUCCCUACUUCCAGAAUUGUUGCAUGUCAUACUUUGCCAUAUCCUUAUGCAGUAUUCUACUGCCACAGCCAAAAGAGUGAAACCAGGUUAUUUCAGGUUUUAUUAGGUGCUGAGAAUGGAGACAGAGUGCAAGCUUCAGCUGCUUGUCACAUGGAUACCUCUCAAUGGGACCGUGAUCAUGUAUCUUUUCGUUUGCUCAAAAUCAACCCUAGAUCGUCACCAGUGUGUCAUUUCUUCCCUCCAGAUAAUCUAGUGUGGGUGCCUUUGCCUGCUUGAAUGUACUUGUCCGGUUAUAACAUUGCCUGAACGUAUGCAGCAACAUCCAUUUGAAAAUCAUGUGGAGUAAUGUUAAUGUCUGAUGUGAAUGUUGUCUAACACCAUGCAAUAACUUGGUUUGAUGUUUAGUGUGCUGCUGUGUUCCUUUCUUUUUAUUUGAUCCCUCUCUGGAAGGCAGAAGAUUUUACGUUCAUUGUCACACUAACAUACAUUAAAUUGUUUUAGAACAUAAAUCAAAGAUUCUAUGUAGUAUAAAGUUAUUACAAAUUCCGACAUAUCAAAGACAUGGAUGAUCCUUUCGUGCGAUUUUAAGAGUGCAUUUCUUCUCUCGUAUUAGAACGCUUCAUUUAAAUUAUUUCCAUUUUCCAAGAAGAUACAACCU